AGUGGUCCUCGGCCUCGGAAGAUCACACGAUUUCGGCAUUACUGUGCUUGGGACGAAGUGACGGGUCAAAGACGCUCUGAAUUAUCUCCGAUGGCAUCGUCGACACCUCAAGACUCUAGGGUAGAACCCUAUCAAUUACCUGCGGAAUUCCCUGAGAUCGAUAAGGUACGACACUUACCCGGUAUGACUCGUGAGCUUCUGGACGAGAUCAAGAAUCUCCCGGUGCAAGAAGGCGACGUAUUUGUAGCGACCUACCCCAAAUGUGGCACUACUUGGGUUUCUGAAAUUAUAUGGCAGAUCUUCAAUGAUGGUCAAAUUGAUAAAUCAGACAUUGGUAAAAGAGUGCCAUUUGUAGAAGCUUACCCAUUGAUGCAGAAAAAAGGUGUGUUUAUCAAUAAGGAUUUGACUUUGACUGGACUCUACCGAAGUGUUCCUGCACCACGAGUCUUUAAAACCCACCUGCACCAUCAUCUUGCACCGAUGGGAAGUGACACCACCGCUAAGCCGAAGUACAUCAAUGUCAUGCGUAACCCUAAAGACUGCGCAGUUUCCAUGUUCUUUCACUGCAAAGGGAUGGAAUUUUUCAAGUGCAAUGCCUCUUGGUCGGAGUUCUUUGAGGCUUUUAUCAGAGGUGGAGUGGAAGAGGGUUUGUGGUUUGAUCACGUUCUUGGAUGGUGGAAGCAUCACGGGGAUCCCAACAUUCUCUUCCUCAAGUACGAGGACAUGAAGAAGGAUUUACCAAGUACUGUUCGUCAAAUUGCGUCAUUUGUCGGAAGAUCGCCAUCUGAGGAGGUUAUUGCAAGGAUUGUUCGUCAGACAACCUUUGAUGCCAUGAAAGACGGAGAGCAAUUCUUCCAAAGAAAAAGGCCCGAUUUUAAGCCUGGUUUUAAGUUCAUACGCAAAGGGGAGGUAGGUGACUGGCGUAACUAUUUCACAGACGAGCAGAGCAGGCGUGUGGAUGAGAUGUACACCCGCAUGAUGGCUGGUAGUGGUCUUCAGCUAGAGUUUGAACCGGACGACACACAUUAAUGCAACGACUUUUUCGGUCGUUAAUUUUACGAAGAAUAAGAACUUCCAAAUAUGUUAUUUCCUUAUAAUCAAACACGAGGUGCUGCAAAAAAUAGACAUAAUAGGUACAUAUUUGACAAAAACUUGUCUGUUGACGAGUAAUUAUUAGCUAAAUAGGCUUAUAGGGAUUUUAGCUACCAGAAGAGCUAAGGGACGGUUUGUCGCGCGCUUUUUCAUUUUUCGCUUCUUUAGUUGCAUUUCAGGAUAUAAGCAUUCAAUCCCCGCUUUACUUUUUACUAGGGAAUUGGCGUAUUUUUAUGUUAUAACAUCCAUAUGAUACAUUGUAUACGAUGUAGUUUUUAAUGUACUUGUUGGUGGUGAAUUAACGUAUAUUUACUUGAGCCCUUUA